CGAACUGAGGCCCAAAGGGGAAAGCCUUCCACACAAGAUCUAAGCCAGCUGCCUGCUGAUUUAAACACUUCAUUCGCAAGAGGAGUGGAGGCGCGGGGGAAUCCGCGUGCUCAGUGGGCUCAAAGUACGCUGGCAAAGCAGCUGCCCGACGGAAAAAAAACCCCACGGAGGAGCUUCUUCUGGUGGGAGAUUGAGACGUCCGCUGCUCGGUAGAGGCACUUAGGAGUCCUCCGGCCUUUAGGAGUCAAAGGGCACUGAGAGAGAGAGAGAGAGAGGGAGGGUUAAGCAAACUGACCUCUGGGUUAACCAGAACCGGUUUUUUUCGUGGAGGAGGGGAGGAGGGAGCAGGAGGUGGGAGGCCACGGCGGGGCUCCUGCACCACUCGAGGAAGAAGGAGACGAAGCAGUUUGCCAAGGGAAGCGAGGGAAGGGAGGAGGACAUGGCCACGGGAGACAUCACGACGCUUCCCUCCACGCCGGACGACGGCGGCGGCGGCGGCUUCCCUCCCGGGAGCUUCAAGGACCCCAAAAGGCUGUACUGUAAAAACGGGGGCUUCUUCUUGAGGAUACGGUCCGACGGGGGUGUUGAUGGAAUCCGGGAGAAGAGCGACCCCCACAUAAAGCUCCAGCUGCAGGCGACCUCGGUGGGGGAGGUGGUCAUCAAAGGGCCGUGUGCAAACCGCUACCUGGCCAUGAACAGAGACGGCCGGCUGUUCGGAGCGAGACGGGCGACCGACGAGUGCCACUUCCUGGAGCGUCUGGAGAGCAACAACUACAACACGUACCGCUCCAGGAAGUACCCGAGCAUGUACGUGGCCCUGAAGAGGACCGGCCAGUACAAGUCCGGGAGCAAAACGGGACCGGGUCAAAAGGCCAUUCUUUUUCUGCCCAUGUCCGCCAAGUGCUAGUCUGAAGAAGAAGAAGAAGAAGAA